AUGCCGAGCGUAUUUCGCCCUUGCAUCGACCUGCACAACGGCGCGGUCAAGCAGAUUGUUGGCGGUUCCCUCGACACUGACAACCUCAAGACCAACUUUGUCUCCGAACACCCAUCCUCCUACUAUGCCGACUUGUAUCGCAAGCACAACCUCACUGGGGGACACGUGAUCAAGCUGGGACCCGGCAACGACAAGGCGGCUCGCGAGGCGUUGCAGGCAUGGCCAGGAGGACUGCAGAUUGGCGGCGGGAUCACCGAGGAGAACGCGCAAGAAUGGCUGGACGCCGGAGCGGAGAAGAUCAUCGUCACCUCCUACCUCUUCCCCGGCGCAAAAUUCGACGAGGAACGACUGCGGCGUCUCGCCGAGAAGGUUGGCAAAGAGCGACUGGUCGUUGACGUGAGCUGCCGGCGACGAGACGACCGAUGGAUUGUCGCGAUGGACCGGUGGCAGGUCAUGACGGACAUGGAGGUCAACGCAGAAUCGCUCGCACGGUUAUCUCAGUUCUGCAGCGAGUUCCUCAUUCACGCCGCGGAUGUUGAAGGCUUGUGCAAGGGCAUCGACGAGCAGCUUGUUACGAAACUCGGCGAAUGGACGACCAUCCCGACGACGUACGCUGGAGGAGCGAAGAGCGCCGACGACCUCGCCCUCGUCGAGCGGCUCUCGAACGGCAAGGUCGAUCUCACGUUCGGUUCGGCCCUCGACAUCUUUGGCGGCACACAGGUCAAGUUUGACGAGCUGGUCGAGUACAACGAGCGGGCUUUGCGGAAGUAG